AUGCCCACGACGCUCCUCGCGCUCCUCGCCCUCGCCGUCGUGACCUGUGCCCAGUCCGCCCUCGCGCCUAUCGAGGCAGACGACGACGACCAGCAGCCGUCGUCGGCGAACCCGGUCACGCAGGGCGGCCUCGGGCAGCACAUCACGGGCGGGCGGUCGCUGGCGCGCGGCUUCUUCCUCGGCGUCGGCUUCGGCCUGCCCGUCGCCGUGCUGUGCUGCUGCUGGGUGCCGUGUCUGCAGUGGCGCCGGGUGCGCUGGCGCGAGGCCGUGCGCGGGUGGCGUGACAUGCCCGACGACGACAUUGAUGCGGUGAUGGGCCGAAGAGUGUGA